AUGUUGCUGCUUCACCCUCAACUCCUAGAGCUCCUAGUGCUUCACCCUUCGGUAACCCCAACAAAAAGGCUAAACCCUCAACUCCUAAAGCUCCCUAGUGCUUCACCUGAUGGAUCUUCCAGUGCCUCACCUAAGGCUUCUAUAAAUGCUGACGAUUUAGCAUUUGAAAUGCAAAAAGCUCUACAACAUUUGACUAAAGGCUCUAUAGUUCCUCAAUGUUUAGAGAAGUUAGAAUUAUUUGAGUUAAGCCCUAUGGACCUGCUACACUUUGUUGCAUAUCAUAUUUUUAUAGGGACCAUCAAUGUGAGAGAGAUGUGGAUGAAUUUGCCCGAUGAUCCCGAGAAUUACGAUGACGGAUAA